AUGCAGCUGUGGGCUCAACUCAGGCAUGGUUUCUUGCCUAUCUACCACCAGCAACAACAACAGCAGCAACAACAACAACUAUUACUACUACAAAUACCAAUACCACCAUCACCAAACAACAACACUAAUACUCUACGCUCUAGCGGAAUGUCGUUACACUUCCCCAUUGAUGUUCAGUUUGAGCAGGCCACGGCCCCUUUCCGUGAUAAGAAUCGGCUGCUGGUGAUCAAAAGCAUCGGCUACAGGGUCCCAUGCGCAGACUUUAAGCAAGCCUGCCGUGAGAAAAUGACCUCGGAUGCCCUGCAACCCCCAGCCAUGCACUUCUUCUGGCAGGCUGCCGACCGCGACACCCACAUCAAACUGCACCGAGGCAGGGUCGAGGUCGGUUUCGACCAUCGUGAGCCGUUUCUUCGCGCUCAGACGGAGCUCCGUGGCUGGAAAUUUCGCGGCCGCCAGGUUGAGGUCGAGGUUGCUUCAAGGAGACGCUGGGCGCGCAAACUGCUAGAGGGUAACCCUGCCGGCUCUACAACUCCUCCUCCUCCUCCCCCUCCUCCUUCGCCUUCUCCUGCUGGAAUUCCUUCAGCGGCAGCUGCCAGGGCUGCCGCUGUCAAGACUACUGCUAGUGCUGCUGCCGCUGCCAGUGCUGAGCUUGCCGCUUGUGCUGAGGCUCUUGCUGCCGCUCAAGCCAAGUAUGCUACUGCUGUGACUGCUGCUACUGUCGCCUCUGCCGCUUAUACUGCUGCCGUCGAUGCUGCUGCUGCUGACGCUGCUGCUGCUGACGCUGCUGCUGCUGACGCUGCCGCCACUGCUGCUCCCGCUGUUCCUCCCGUCGCCUCUACUAUUGUUGAGGAGGAUUAUAAAAUCGUUUCCAAUGCCGACAUUGCCGAAAACGCCACCAAGAUUCCUGCACUGCAGUGUAUGAAUAUUGAUGUGACACAAGAACGUGAGUUGGAAGAUUGGCCGUCUUAUGACGAGGUAGAGGAGGUUGAAUGGUAUUAG